GUAGGAAUUAUCUACAAUCGAUAUUCAAACUCUCUCAUUCUCAGAAUAAAAGAAGUGGUGUAUGUGACGUGGGCACAAACCUACAGAAUACAGAUAGAUCAAUACAGGUGUGAAGCAGGGUGUAGACCUCCCCCGUGAUCCAAGUCACUAGUGCUCACACACACAUCUAGCAACUCUUGCGAGGGGAUCUGAACCGGCCAUAGGGAGAUGGUGGAUACGGUGCUGAGCAUGGCUAGGUCCAUGGUGGGUGGCGCCAUCAACAAGGCAGCCUCUGCCGCCGCAGAUGAGAUGAGCCUCCUCAUGGGUGUGCGCAAGGAUAUAUGGUUCAUCAAAGAUGAGCUAGAAACAAUGCAGGCAUUCUUGGUGGCUGCUGAAGGAAUGAAGGAGAAAGACCUACUACUCAAGGUCUGGGCGAAGCAAGUGAGGGACCUGUCCUACAAUAUUGAAGAUUGCCUUGGUGAGUUCAUGGUGCAUGUGGCAAGUCAAAGCUUGUCACGACAUCUGAUGAAACUCAAAGAUCGCCAUCGAAUCGCCAUGCAAAUCCGUGAUCUCAAAGGGAGGGUUGAAGAAGUGAGCAACAGGAACACACGGUACAACCUAAUUGACAAGAACCAAGUCUUAGCCAAAGCAACUGAUGAGAGAGAGUCUUGCAUGGAAGAUAUCCGCAAUCAGUCAGGUACCAACAUUGAUGAAGCUGAACUUGUGGGGUUUUUGAGGCCCAAAGAAGAGUUGAUAAAGCUUCUAGAUGUCCAUGCCAAUAAUGGCCCUACUCAGGUAGUAUGUGUGGUUGGCAUGGGUGGUUUGGGUAAGACUACGCUUGCAAGGAAGGUUUACGAAAGUAUGGAAAACUUUUCAUGUUGUGCUUGGAUCACUCUCUCACAGUCAUUUGUUAGGAUGGAUCUUCUCAAAAUUAUGAUCAAAGAACUUUUGGGUGAUAGAGCAUUGAAGACGCAACUCGAAGGGAAUGUAGUGCGACAAGAGAACCUCGCCAACUACCUUAGAAAAGAGCUACUUGAGAAGAGGUACUUUGUUGUUCUUGAUGAUUUGUGGAACUUAGAUGAUUGGAAAUGGAUCAAAAGUAUUGCUUUUCCUAGUAGUAACAAUAGAGCUAGUCGGAUAAUGGUAACAACACGGAAUGUUGGCUUAGCUGAGGAGUGUAGUUUGGAAUCUUCUAGACCACUUAUCUACCACCAUGAGCCCCUAAAAACAGAUGAUGCCAUAAAGUUGCUACUAAGGAAGACUAGGAAAACUGUGGAAGACAUGAAAAAUGACAAGGACAUGAAGGAUAUAGUUACUAAGAUUGUAAAAAAAUCUGGGCGGCUACCACUAGCUAUACUCACAAUUGGCGGCAUGCUUGCCACCAGAGUGGUUAGUGAGUGGAAAAGUAUUUAUGACCAAAUCCCCUCAGAGAUAGAGAGAAACCAAAACCUCGAAGCAAUGAGAAGGGUGGUUACUCUUAGCUACAACCACUUGCCUUCUCAUCUUAAGUCAUGUUUUCUAUAUUUAAGCAUAUUCCCUGAGGAUUUUGAGGUUAAGAGGAGGCGUUUGGUAGAAAGAUGGAUAGCCGAGGGGUUUGUUAUUAGAAGAGAUGGGGUGAGUGUUGAGGAUGUUGGAAAUAGUUACUUUAAGGACCUAAUCAACCGAAGCAUGAUCCUGCCAUCAAAAGUGAAUAUAGAAGGAGCUGUGAAGAGAUGUCGAGUUCAUGACAUCGUACGCGAUGUCAUGAUCUCAAUUGCUAAAGAAGAAAAUUUUGCAUGCUCGACAUGGGAUAAUCUGACCGGCAUAGGAGGGGAUAACUUUCGUCAUGUAGCAUACCAAGGCCGUGGAGGCCAAGAUAAAGGCUUGGAUUGGAACCAUAUCCGAUCAUUUACUGUGUUUGGUGAGAGACCCAUGAAGCCAAUACCUUCAGUUUGUUCGCCCGACUUCAAGAUGCUUAGAGUCUUGGAUUUGUGUGAUGCCAAGUUUGGCAUCACACAAAAAGAUAUCAAUUCCAUAGGGAUGUUGCGUCAUUUGAAAUAUGUCAGCAUCAAGCCUAAUGGACAAUCAUAUGUUUAUAAACUCCCAAGAUCCAUUGGGAAGCUACAAGGGUUGCAAUCUUUGGACAUAGGAUAUUGUUAUGUGGCAUCACUACCAACUGAGAUCACUAAACUGGCAAGCCUUCGUAGCCUCCGUUGUUGCAAAAAAACCAUAUCUGGUAAUCUAUACAUAAUUUAUCCUUCGAUGUUGUUAGCCUCCACAUUUUGUCUGCCUAUUAUCUACACUCCUUUAAUUGAUCCUGAUGAUCGUUCGAGGAUGAUGAUGAAGUUUCACAUGGCCUGGACUGGCCGUUUGUCAAACUCUUGCGGCGUGAGAGUGCCCAAAGGGAUCAGCAACCUAAAGGAGUUAGAGAUACUGGAGGUUGUGGACAUUGAGCGAACUAGUAGGAAAGCAGUUAAAGAACUCGGGGAGCUUAUAAAGCUAAGAAAGUUAAACGUGACACUAGGGGCAAGUCAGCAAAAGAGCAAGAUAGUUUGUGCAUCCAUUGAGAAGCUCACUUCCCUCCGCUCUCUUAGUAUUGGCGUGGAUGAUUAUUCUUGGAGAAGCGGGGCAUCCCUCAAGUGCUUGCAUUCAAUUUCCUCUAUCCCCCCUCUCCUGAGGACGCUGAAGUUGGGCGGUGGUCUUGGGGAGAUGCCUGGCUGGGUUGGCGAUCUGGUACAUUUGGUAAAGAUUAUGUUAAUGGAUACCAAUCUGACGGAAGGAGAUGACAGCCUAAACAUACUAGGGGCACUGCCCAAGCUCAUACACCUUCAUCUUGGUAGGGAAUCUCAUGUUGGAGAGAAACUAGCUUUCAGAGCAGAAAAAUUCACAAAUCUCCGGAAACUUGUUAUUUUCUCCAUGUUUAACAUGAGCGAGUUGAUAUUUGAGGUGGGCACCUCGCCCCACUUGGAAAAGAUUGAAAUCAGUGGUUGUAAGCUGGAAUCAGGGAUUAACGGUAUCAAACACCUUCCACGACUCAAGGAAAUUGUACUUGGUUUCGAGGCUAAAGUGGCGAGGCUUGGUGUGCUCCAACGUGAAGUGGACACACACCCGAACCAUCCUAUUCUGCGGCUCUGGAAAGACUGGACAUGCUACGACCUGGAUGCUGUCCUCCAAGUCCAAGGAUCCGCUACUGCGGUACAAGCAGAAGAAGCAACAGCGGGAGAGAGCUCACACCCGCAGGCCGCAGGUGACGACGGGGAGCAACAGCGAAGAUGAUCUACGGUGACGACGAAUGAGUCUUCCACUUUUCGCUCUGCAUUAAAAUUUCAAGUGACUGCCGUCGCCGUCUACCGGUCAGCGCGACGCCGCUUCUGCGCGCUGCCGCCGAAGCCUCCCUUGUUCCCCGGCCAAGUCAGACCCAUAGGCAUGGAGAGAAGGGCCCCAGCCAGCCACCUGAAACCCUAGCCCCAUCUCCUCCAUUGCUGCAACAACACGACUGGUUCGUCUCCAAGGCCAGUAUUAGUUGGUAAACCAUGUCAACCUCGCAGAUCUGGAUAAUGAAGAUGAAACGCUCAGGGCUAGUACUAAUUUCAGAGUGGAGAGAAAUGAGACACAAGUGGAGCCUUGAUGAACAUGUUCAUUUACAAUCUGCUUUUCAGUGAGAGUUAAGGCAAUACAGGAUAAGAUGCUAAGCGGUAUAGCGGAUGCCGGCGGAGCUGAUUUCAUGGCUGAUUUGGAGGACUUUUUUUUUGACACAAAUUUGGAGGACUUGUGGGGGGAUGAUGACACGCCAAUGUCCACUAUUUUGUGACGUUGAUGAGCUUUACUAGACCAGCUAUGCUGUUACUAGUUCGUUUACCAGACUAGCUGACAUGUUCCUCGUUCCCUCUUGUUGCCGAUGAUCAUGGCAACAACAAUGAUGAUACAGCCCUCGGUGUCUGUUACUCCUCAUUUGCUGGCACAUCUUACUCCAUGUUGAAAUCGUACGAGGAGCUGUAGUAACUAUGAUAAAUCAUAUCUGAGCAAGGAACUUCUCAAUCUGAAGUGAAUAAACAUCCAACCAUCCUGUGCUGCAAAGCACAGUCAGCGAUCUCGAGGGAAGUUGGACACCACAGGAGAUUCUUUUCUGAGCCGCCCAAGAGUUCUGGGUCCAAACGCCUCUGAAGAGUGAACUGUGAAGUGAUGAUCCUAAUAACCGCUGGUCUGAAGACGUGGAACGUCCAAUAAUGGACUACGCUAAGAGCAUAUCUAACAGGCCCCGUAUAACCCGCCCACCCCGUAAAAUUCCGGCGACAUACGGGGCAGGCGCGGUUUGGGCCGUCUAGCAGGCCCCGUAUUCGGGCCGCCCCGUUGCGGCGGAAUACGGGGCCCAGGAAAUCGGCCCCGUCGCCCCGUACAUAUAGUGGGCGUAGGUGCGAGUGAGGGGUUAACCCCUCACUCGCAACCCUAGCUCCGCCGUGCGCCGCCGCCUCCUCCUCCUGCUCCGGCGAGCAAUUAGCCGCUCCUCCGCGCCGCAUUCCACCCCCAAGCCAGGAUGGACUCCCGCCGCCGCAGUAGCGCCUCGCCGGCGAGCGAAUCGAAGCGAUCCCGCUCGCCGGACACCGUAGAGGAAGCGUGGCGGCUCAAGUGCAAGCUUUCCGCCGUCGGGAGCCGUCGCGCGGCCUGCAAAUACGCCGGCGCGCUGUACGUGCCGGAGCCGCUCCGGGAGUACGCCGCGGGUGGGCGGUGGUAUCGGUAGGACCCGCCGCUCAAGCCGAUGAGCGGCGAAGCGUUCGAGAAGUGGCGCAGGAGGAGGCGGCGAGGAUCGCCUUCAUCCCCUACGUCAUCCUUGACGACUAGACGUAGGUUGAUCCGUAGUUAGAUGUAGUAUGAUCCCUAGUAUGAUCGGAAUGUAUGUAUGAUCCGUAGUAUGAUCAAUGAAGAUGAACUUCCUGGGGUUUUUAUUUUUGAAAAUACGGGGCGAAAUACGGGGUCUGCUAGACGGAAUGGCUCGAAAUGGAGCAGUUUUUCGAUACGGGGUGAAAUAAGAGACUUAUACGGGGCAGCGAAAUA